AUGAUCUGGGAUCCUGUUAGUCCAGGUCCUGGACUCUGAGAAACGGUUCUCCUGGAGAGUUUGUGAAAAUAAAGAACAAAUUCAUCAUCUGAGAGGAGGUCCGAACAGAACUCUGCUGCAGAACCCGACCCUGACUGAACCCACCCCAUCUGGACCUGUUUCUAAAACCUGGACUAGUCUCUGAGCAGUUCUGGGUCAGUCCAGGGUCUAAGACUCGGACCACCGUCUGCUGCAGGUCUCUGAAAAACCGUCUCUUUGAGCGUCUCUACAGGAACUCUGAGAACCCGGGUCGGUCUGCAGGAUCUACACAGACCGACCCGGGUCCUCAGAGCAGUUCUGAGUCUGUAAAGGGACAAAAAACGUCUCUGGACCAGACUGCAGGGUUCUCUGUAAACCUCCACAGACGGCUCAAAGCUGAUCCGCAUCAAAACCUCAGACUCGGGUCCAACUAAAGACCCGCCUCUUUGUCUUCUCCGACACCAAUCAUGUCCUUCGUCCUCCGCUAAGACGUCUCAUCAGUCUUCGAGGACGGGGACCCUUAGAGGAUCGGUUUUUGAUGGUGGUUUUUCUGGGCGGGGGGCCAGUUUACUCCAAACCCGAGUCCUCAGGUUUCAGGACGAGUCCCCGUCUGUCACAACGGCGGGAUUUAAUCCGUCUGAGUCAUCAGGACUGACGGGGGACGAUUCUGGACCGUCAGCAGAUCAGAGGACGGGGGCCGAGACGGGGGGAGAGAAAAACAGCAGAGACACGUCAAAAACUGAAAUUAAAGAGUCCAGAGAGUCCAGAGGACGAGAAGACAGAGAGACGAGGAGGUGA